UAUGUUGAAAGAUAAAAGAAUUUCGCUUCAGCCGACGUACGAUCACAUAACCUAGUUUUAUGUUCAAAAAGUUCAACUGUCGGAAAAGCCAGGGAAAAGCUACAAAACAUAGCUUACAUAAAAAAAAUGUCACUACAAAAUCCUGCGCUUCAAAAUACGCGCGCGUUUUUUUUAUGUUCACUGCACUCACUCCGGGUAUGCUGCUGGGAGAUUCUCACACAACAACUCUAUGUAGCUCCGUGGUACAUAAUACCUCUCAGUUCCAUCGCGGCCGCAGUGAGUGGCGGAAGCAAGUUACAGAGCUUAGUUAGAGUGUACCACAUAAAAUUAAAAGAACUUUUUAUUCUUCAAAAGUGGUACAAAUAGACAUAUUUUCUGUGUUAAGUGAUCAACAAAAUAUUGUAGUGAGUGCUGACGGUGUUGAGUAAUUUCUGCGGAGGAAAGGGAUUAUGGAUUAACUUGGUCAGCACUUAGACUCACAAUUCUGACCAAGAUCGGAGAUAAAAAAAAAUCAACCUUCCACAGCAUUGGAUAGAGACACUAAAGUGACUUCGUAUAAAAGACCACCACCAACAACCACUAGCAUGCUGAGGGCAAUUGCCGCUGUUGCCAUUUUUGCCGGCUUGGUGACUCUGGGUGCGGGACAUGGGCGUAUGAUUGAGCCCCCGAGUCGAGCCUCAGCCUGGCGAUAUGGCUUCAAUACACCACCCAACUACAAUGAUCAUGAACUUUUCUGUGGUGGCUUUUCGCGGCAGUGGCAGCGAAAUGAAGGCAAAUGUGGGGUUUGUGGAGAUGCAUACGACACACCAGAACCAAGGGACAAUGAAUAUGGUGGCAAAUAUGGCCAAGGAGUCAUUGUUAGGCGCUACAAUCCAGGAUCAGAUUUCCUCAUACGUAUCGAAUUGACUGCCAGUCAUUGGGGAUACUUUGAAUUCCGAAUCUGCCCCGAUCCAGCUGGAAAGCAAGACUGUCUCGAUGAGAAUAUCCUUGAAAUUCUCAGUGGAUCACCUGCUGUACUUAACGUGGAUGAUCCCGCCACGCGCUUCUAUCCUCGAAAUGGAAGCAGAGUCUAUGAGAUUCGAGCUAGACUGCCAGAAGACUUGAAAUGCGAAAGCUGCCUGUUGCAGUGGAUCUAUGUGGCGGGAAACAAUUGGGGAAUGUGCGAGAAUGGCACGGGCACAGUGGGAUGUGGUCCUCAGGAACAAUUCCGUGCAUGUGCGGACAUCUCCAUUGGGUAUGGAGCCCCAUCACCGCCAUUACGACCCAUUCGACCGGGAACAAAGACGACGCCCAAGACAAAGAUGUCGGAGGCGACGCGCCUGCCACCUGGAGCUGCGGACGAGCCACAGCCCGAGGGUCCCAAAUACAUUGGAGCCCUCAUUGCCAUUGUGUCCCUUCUGCUGGUACUCUGCUGCUUGGCUGUGGUUUAUCUGUAUCACUACCAUGGACAGAGAAUCAAGCAUCUGAUGCGGUGGCAACGUACAAAAGCACCUCCCACUGCCACGCACCUCACCUCCGUGGAAUCUGUUCCAGUUCCACCACCCAGGACAAAACGGCAUUCGCAUCACGUGUCGGAGAUCGAUGCACGAGAAUCGAGUAUUCUUACGGGGAGCAAUUCACCGCCACCGGGAACACGAAAUGGCGGAGGCCCGAAAUUGUCGAAAGUGUCGCCAGAGUGUGCCUAAUUAUCUCUCUCCCCCGGGGAGUUUCUUCAUAAACAUCCUCAUCUAGUAGACAUCGUACAGUAUUCCAUCCCGAGGAGGAAGUGCGGCAUUUAAAUUCCUCUCAUACAUUACUGAAGACUCAAAAGAUAUAAGAAAAAAAAACUCUUUUUUGUAUAAGUGUGUUUGUUAAUGCUAAGUGAACGACAAAUAUCAAUUUAAAAUACCUAAUAAAUUACUUCCACAAAUAUUACGAUUAGAUUGUUAAGUGAAAUUCUCUGUGGCAAAACUAUGUAAUGUUAUGUAGAUAUACCUAAAAGGUAUUUCACCCACUAAUCUUAUAUAUAGUAUUAUAUUUUCUACAAUAUAGCUAUAUGAAGAAAAGGAAUGUUGCGCAGAAAUUGUCUAAAAAGAAAGUCAUUUUGUGAUUUUUAUUUAUUUUAUUUUCUGUAUAAUGAAUAAACCCAUUUUCCGAGAA